UUCGGCUACCAUUCGGUGGCGCUCGAGCUCGUGCUGGUGCCUGGCUGAGUUGUUGCGAAUGUGCACCGAGCAAAAUUCACCCGAAACUUGCUUGUUUCGCGGAUUGACCUUCUUGCGCGUCCGCCUGCUGUCGACUCAAAGGACGAGUUUGUAGUGCGGACAGAAGGAGUUGUGGCCGCGCAGCCACCUGGGCUGAGCUAUGCUAGCGUGCAGUGGGGCUAGCACCUUUCUGCUGGUGCCGCUGUUUAUGGUUAUUACCGAGGCUGUAGUGCCGUUCAGCCGUCGCUGUUCGUUUUAGGCUGCAGUCGCUGUGUUCUGUCAAAGUAAGCAAGUCGCUGAUGAAACACGAUGGCGACGAAUCCGGACUGGCUAAAGCGCUAGCUCGGCGAGCUGCACUAGGAUGCGUGUCCGCAGAAGGUGAAGCGUUGCUCGGCUUGAAAACCAUGACGCACAGUCGGAGCCGGGUGUGUGUGCCCCUUUCCCCAGGAGGGAGACCAUGGAUGCCGCGGGGGACUGGAACAAGGAGCUGAGUGCCCUCCAACAACUGGACCUCUGCAAGCGGCAUGGACGAGGAGGUAUACUGAGAAAUCUUCAGAGCCUGUUUAAGAACCAAAAUACACUGCAGAUUCAUACCAUCACCCGCUCAGAAUGUGCUGGCUCAUGUCCAAAUCUAACAAUGAGUAGAAGUGACCACGCCGAUAUGCGGCCAAUACCUGCGGCCCUGACGCCGCAGCUUCACCCCCGAGCCCACCGGCCCCUCUGCAUGUCAGUGUCGUCUGACAGCAGUGGACGCUUUAAAGCCCUGGAGACUCAGGAAUGGAAGAACAACCUGAAGGCUCAGAUGGAACAGGCCCACAGUGCCGGGGCGGCCAGCAGUACUGGGUCCUUGGAGCGUGCAUCCUUGUUCUGCGCCUCCGCAGCAACCACAACGCCCAGCUCUGGCCUGUCCAGCCCAGUGGAGCUCCUCAAUAAGAGCAAGUCCUCCAGCCGCUUCUCACUCUUCUCCCCGCCCUGGAACAGCAGCUCCGAGUCCGAUUCCAACCCACCGUCACGUUCUGGAUCCAAGAAGCUGCGCAACUACAGCAGGCGAGCAGCCACAGGGCCUGCAGGGGCCCGGGGUCCAGACACCCCCGAGCUCAAACCCAGUGGUCCGCAACACUUCCAGUACUCUGAACCUGUCAUCUCCAAAGUGACGGACUAUAUCUUUGUUGGGAACCUCAACGCCGCGUACAACGGCCGCACAUUGUGUCGCAACAACAUCGACAGCAUUAUCGACAUGAGCAGCUUGCCCGGAGAGGUGGGACCGAUUCUCAGUCUUAUACCUUGCACCUGCUCCCGCGGUGCCCGCCACAGUUGGUCCCGUCUCAAAGUGGACAUUGGCGCAGUGCCGGAUGCUCUGGGUGAUGGUCCGGCUCUAAAGCAGCACUGCUUCGAGGACAUCAAUGAAUGCAUUGAUGCCUCAACGGAGAAGAGGAAGCGCGUCUUGGUUCACUGUCGAGACGGCUUUUCUCUGGCACCCACCUGCAUCAUCCAGUACCUGAUGGUCAAGCAAAACAUGAGGCUGAUCGCUGCGUACGAGCUGCUGCGAGCCAAAUACCCCGUCAACAUCCUGGAGUGCCACCAGAACGUUCUGGUGAGUCUCGAGAGGGCGCUGCAGCCACGUGGCAGCGUCGACCCCGAAUGCUUCAAACAGGCUAUCUCACGGAAAGUUGCUUGGACCUGACUCUAUUUCCCAUCAUGCCUAGCGACUUGAUUUGGAUGUGUCUCCUUCCUCAGACCUGGAAAUGUGACCCAUGAAGACCGUCAUGUGAAGCGCUUUCGAUAUUGUCGGCUGAAUAGUUGAUAUGGUUCUGUUUCAGUUCCGUGCCAUGAUGACGUGGUGGUGUUUAAUAUAACGGGGUGGGGGGGCUUAAGGGCAGAUCUCAGGAGAUCACUGAUGUCACACAUGCGUUGUCGUGAUUUCAUGGCAGGUGAACAUAUCAAGCCACAUAUCUCAAGCCCUACAGAGAGUUGCUAACACCCAAAUAUUGACAGCAGUUUCACCAUCUGUGUUCCAGUUUGAUUUAAAUUCCCAGUGGAAAAGUGAUAUCGUAGGCUCUGUGCUGAAAUGGAUGGUUGGUUGAAGUUCCACUCAUGCUUUCUGCAUGAAUGACCAAAUAUCUGCUUUUUUAAGUGUCAAAACCUCAUUGAAGUCUGAACCCUUUUCUAGACUGCAUACUGAAUCAGAGAACAUCACUUACAUACCUUCGUCUAAGCGUGGCUUGUUGUUUGAUAUUUCCUUGAUGAGCAUUGCAUCUGUCCUCUGUGAGGAAGGAACUGAACGUUCUCCGCUUCCACUCCCUGCUUCUGUUGUCUGUGCUGGAGCUGUGACUCACCCGAGUGUGACGUGUCUUUAUGUGUAUGAUUUUUAUUUAAGAAUGAUUCGCCUAUGAUUCAUGUCAAACACUAUUGAAUCGGAUCUUUGCACUAUUCUGAUAUUUCCAACAUGCAAAGUAUUGUGUUCCAUUUAAUGCCACUUCAGCAUAACGGUCGAGAAGAACUCGGGACUUGGAUGUGAUGUUCCUCUGGCACAAGUGGUUUUAGAAAAAAAAAUGCAUUGCCAGUAAACAAAUGGUAAUUAUUUUAGCUGUGAUUUAUUGACUAUUUGUAUUUUUCACCAAAGCUGUCAGAGUAUUUAUCAGAACAUUUAGUUGCUGUUUGACGAAACUUGCUGUUUAAAUAGAAAUGAAACAAAAAGUACACAUAUUGAAAGUUGAAAGUAUGCCUGGCUACUGUAAAGACGGCAUACAAAAGUGCUUUGUCUUGAAUAUGGUUUCAUUACAAUGUUACGUAGCGUCUGUUCUGGACAGAAGUUUCAUUUAAUAACACUGUAUUUUACCAGAAGGAAUGGUAAAAGACUUUUUUUAUUAAAUUUAAAAAGACACAUUUAAAAUGAACGUCUCUUAAUGUUCUUGUUGUUAUCAAAUUAAGGCUACAAAAAGAUGAUCCAAUGAUACUUGUUCCAGUCACUGACAUAAACUGCUCAUGAAAGUCGUCUUAGAAUUCAGUUUUGAUAACAAACAACUUGGGUUCCAGUCGACUAAGCUUAGCAGCUAGCACCUGUGUUAUGCACUGAUUAGCUAUCACUAUAACAGCAAUGCAAGGGUCAGUACAAAAUAUGGUUUGUUUGAGUUCCUAUUAAACCAGUUGAGUUGUACCGUCAACCUUGUUUAUUUAUAGUUCAUCAUCCGAGGCUUGAAAAAUGAACUUGAAGCUUGUGAAUGACACCACACUUUGCAAAUACAUCAAUGAAGUGUUUCAUGUCUCAUUGUUGGACUGGGCACCAUUUAUUUAUGUCAGUAAUUUGAACACUAUAUAUGCAAAUACUGGAACUUAUUUGCUAAAUCUGGUGAAAUUGUGUGAUGUUGUAUUGCUGUUUUAUCCUUAACAAGUGUUUUUUUUUAUUAUUAUUUUUGUUCCACUAGUUUUUCUUUUUUGGGACUGAUUUAUGAACUCACCAACAGUGGAUGUUGGUGGUCCGAGUGAAAUAGAAGAGAAACGAUAUGGUGCCUUUUGGACUCGUCUUGUGACCGUACGGUGACAUUUGCACACUUUCUAUGAAUUGAACUUUCUAUGUUGUAAAAUGUUGAAUAUUUUUGGAUGUAUGAUUUUUGAAAACAACUUGACAGUAGUGUACAGUGUUUGGCUGUAUAUAUAUUUGCUGGCUGUUAGUGCUCAGUGAUAGUGGUGACAGUGAAGACAAAUACUCGCUGUAAAUGUUCGCUAACCAACAUGAAUAUAUUUUCUAACUGGUUCUCAGGUGAUCUUUCCAAAUGUCCUCAGUGAAUAUGAUGGCUGUUCUGACAUGUGAAGCGAUGUUAUUCUCAUGUAUAUGUUCUUGAUGUUUUUUUUUUUGUUUGUUUUUUUUACUGUUGAAAUAUUAAACACCACGACGUACUUGAUUCUGGUUGUACUGACGCAUUUGAUUAGAUUAGAGUCUUUGCCUGGUCAUCACAAGGUUUGUUUGGAAGUGACAUCAUC